GAAACAUACAUUACAUAUUUUAUUGUUGUUGCAUGUUUACGACAAAUAACCGGGGUGGCCAAAUAUUGUAUUCAGGCAUUUUCUAGGAAGCCUAUUCGACUCUAGUCAAGCUGUUUAAGGACCCCAGGAUGUCCAUGCUUGCUGAGCCCCGGAGGAAACAGAAGUGGUCUGUUGACCCCAGGAACAGCGCCUGGAGUAAUGACGACUCCAAAUUUGGCCAGAAGAUGCUGGAGCGAAUGGGCUGGUCCAAGGGGAAGGGCCUGGGAAGAAGUGAGCAAGGCUCCACUGACCACAUCAGAGUAAAACUUAAAAACGACAACUAUGGUCUUGGAGCCAAUGCCAGCUAUGAGGAUAACUGGAUUGCCCACCAAGAUGAUUUCAAUGAGCUUCUUGCUCAGUUGAACAACCACCAUAGUCAAAACAAUAGCACAGAACCUCCACCAGAGGAGAAGAAAGGAUUCAGCUUGGAGGAGAAAUCCAAGAUGUCCAGAAAGAGGGUCCAUUACAUGAAGUUCACUAAAGGAAAGGAUCUGUCCUCCCGUACUGAAACAGACCUCAAUUGCAUCUUUGGGAAGAGAGCAAGAUCUGCCAAAGAACAAGAGCAGGAGAGCAACAGCAGCGAUUCUCAGGGUGAGACAGAAGAAACUGCUCCUCCUGCUACUUCUAAACUGGAUACAGAGUCCAUCACUAAGACUGUGACAAGCACUCUCAAUAUGCAGGAGUAUUUUGCACAGCGAAUGGCUCAGCUGAAGAAGGCUCGUGGACAGGCCCAGAAUACAGCACAGGCAGAAACGUCGGGUCCAUCUAAGGAACCAAGUCCCACCUGCAGCAGCAACGAUGACUCAGAAGAGCCCAAAAAGAAAAGGAAGAAAAAGAAGAAAAAGAGCAAAGAGGCAACAGAUGAGGUGGAAGCAGCAGAACAGAUCAACAGCGAUCCCAUCCUAAUAGAGAAUGAUGAAGACCUACAGCAGGAGUGUCCCGGGAAAAAGAAGAAAAAGAGGAAAAUGGUUGAAAAUGACGGAGCUACAAAUGAGAACUGUAGCUCCACCUCUGGUGUGGAGCAGAACUGUGAGGCGCUUCCUAAGUCCAAGAAGAGCAAGAAGCAACUUAAAAAACACAACCAGGAAACUGAGCUACUAAAUGGUCAAGCGCCAACAGACAGUCGAACUGAAGAAUCUGAGGUUGUUAACAAAAAGAAGAAGAAGAAACACAGAGAGGAGGUGGAUGAUGUAGUAAAAGAGGACAAAGAGGAGCCGUUAGAGAAGAAAUCCAAAAGGGAAAAGAAGAAGAAGAAGAAGAAACAACAAGAAUAGGAUGGAAUCAGUAGAAAUGGCCUCCAGUUCCUGCUGUCUGUUAGACUUCAGGGGGACUCAUCACAAACACGAUCAGGAGGGCACGUGUAUGGAGUCACUGCCUCAUGUCUGUAUACUAAAGAAGUAAAGAAAUAAUAAUUUUUAUACUCAUUGUUACUAUAACACAGAUCCGGUCUGUAUACUAAGGUUAAAGAAAGGCCACUGGCUGUAGUUUAAUAUCAAAUGGGCAGAUCUGAGGGUAGCAUCGAUCGACUCACCAACUCUGACCAAAAAAGGGUGUUCUUUUAUCUCUCAGACAAAUCUGUUUCUCUAUGUGUCUAAAAUGUUAUAAUACAGACAUCUUAGAUUUGUACUUUUUAGCUGAGCCUGUUUUUCAUCCAUUCAGUCUUGUCUUACUGAUAAAAAAAAUUGCCCCAAAUUGCUAAUUCCCCAAAUCCACCAAAUAAUUCAUGAUAAAAAAAUGUUAUUUUAUGCAUUUUUUUCCCCCCGAAACAACAUGAAUUGUGUUCUAAUCAUCUUGUACGCACCAGCUUUUCUAUUUAUUUAAGCAAUAUUCCACGGACAGAUUUUGUCAGUUUUGUAACAUAAAUUUAUAGUCUCUUUGAUGGUAUGUGACCAGACAAAUCUGAAUGGAUUUAAAUAGAUUUUUGUUUUUUUGCCAGAAAUCUGAAAAACUUUUGUCUGACACAUUCAUGUGCUGUAAGAAAAUCAACUUUGGUGCUUAACAGGAGCAUUUUAUAAAUAAAUCCAGUCAUAAAUGCA